AAUCAUGAAUAAUUAAAAGUGUUGGUGCGUAGAGUUCGCAAGACAUUGAUUUGAUCAAAAGGUUUCACUCUGUUACAGGUUCUUUCUGCUGCUGGCUUAAGAGUGCCAUACCAACACCAAUCCGAGAUUCAGAACACUGUACAUCCGGGAUAGUGCACCGUGAGAGUACCAAACAUCCACCCUCCGGCAUGCGUUCGGCUGUGCCUCUCGGAGGGCUGGGCACUGGUUCAUUUGAACUACGCGCGGACGGGACGAUACAUGAAUGGACAAUUGAAAACCAGUCCCCUGGGGGCUCGGCAAAACUCAACAAGGGAGCCCUGAACCUUGCUGUUUUUGGUGUAAGAGUAGCAGAACCAGACAAAAAUAAGAGCGAGGCAGCGCUAUUGAGAAUACAUGCCCCACAUGGGUACCCCGGUGUAGAGAGUCUGUCAUAUUCCGGGUCAUUCCCUGUCAGUAAACUGACUCCUGGUGGUUCCAUUACAGAAAAUAUUGACAUGAGUCUGUAUGCCUUCCCAUCAUUCCACGUAAGAGAUCGUUUUAAGUCCGCGGUCCCCGCAGUUGCCUUUACUUUGGGCAUGCGCAAUAAAGCUAAUAAACCUCUGGAUGUAUCGUUCAUGUUCAACUUACCUCUCGGGCAGCAAGAAGACACCAUCAGAGUGGGCGAUAAUUACGGCGAAGUUGUAUUCACUAGGAUGAUUAAACCCUCAGAUUGCGCGCAUGCGUGUUCUAAGAUGCCCAAAUGUAUGUCAUGGACAACCAAUGGGCCCACCUCGUGCCUGUUGAAGGACAAAAUGCCACUUCACGCCUGGGCCACCGGCAUUGUAUCAGGCCUUAAGGGAGAAUGGAACGUUCAAGACUCCAUGUUGACAUGUCACAGGCCUGGCUUUUUCCCCCAGAGUGGAAGUGCGACAUUGUAUGCAGUAGACAAUGAUGACCGCUUGGGAUCUUUUGCAGUAGCGGACGACUUUCGUGAAAUCUGGGCGAACUUCUCUAACACUGGAGAAAUUGGAGUUCCUAAGUCACUAAAUAAAACUGGCCUGUAUGGCGCCGCAUCUGUGAAGACACAACUUCAACCUGGCGAGAAAAAAUCCCUGACGUUAAUCAUGUCGUGGUAUUAUCCUCACCGUGAUGUGGCCAAAGUCCAUGUUGGCAAUCUGUACUCCACCAUGUUCAAAUCCAGUCAGGAUGUCGCUAAGCACAUGCGCAAUGAUUUGGUUCAAUCGGUAAUCGAUAUUCAGUCGUGGCAUGAACCGAUCGUCGGGUCUGAGCCAGUGAAAAAGGCACCGAUCAACGACAAAGUCAAGCAUGUACCCAAUAGCCCGGAAGAAAACAAAGUCAACCAGCUUCCUGAUUGGCUGAAGGACUUGCUUGUUAACAGUAUGAGUUUCUGGAGGUCUGGGUUCUGGGCAGAAGAUGGAAGAUGGCGUCAGUGGGAGGCCUUUGACUGCAAUGAUAUCGACACCAUUCAAAAUGACAUGCAGAGAAUCAUUCCUUCCACGCUUUUCUUUCCUGAACUUGUAAGAGAUCUGUUGAUAUCUUGGGCCGACAAUCAGUAUUCCAGCGGUAUGCUACAGGAAGCACUCACAUCUGGUUGUCUAGGACCGACAGGGAAGCUGGAUUACGCAGGUGGCCGAGUUAUGGCGGACACUACAGCCAUGUUCGUGGUAGGACUUUAUCACUACUAUCAGUGGACUGGUGACCAAGCUACCCUCGAUCGACUUUGGCCGGCUGCAAAACGAGCGGUUGCGUGGGUCAUGGUAGAUUCCACGAAAGGCACUGGACUUCCCUUUAGAAAAGUUAGCACAUACGACAUCGUAGCGCUGGAUAAAUUUGACCACGAUGCUUAUAAUUCCUUUGUUUACCUAUUGGCUCUUCGUGCCGCGCAAGAGCUGGGGACGAUAACCAAUGAUACCAAGUUUGUAUCGACCGUCCGUCAAUCAUUUAACCACGCGCAGAAACGAGUCGAUAUCGAGCUGUGGGACAAUGCAAAGCAGUAUUAUCAUGCCUGGUGGGACAUGGAAUACGGUUCACCAGAGUGGAUCAUGUCUGACUCCUUAUAUGGGCAAGUUUGGGCUUAUAGUCUUGGUCUGGGAGAUUUAGUCCCUCGCAGUAAAUUGAAAGAGCAUUUGUUGCGCGAGAUUGAAAGGAACGAUUCUCCUUUUGGGCUCAAGGUCUUGAACACGGGAGAGGUAGAAAUCACUCCUGAGGAUACGUCAAUCAUUUUAAGUCGGCACAUUCCCGGAUGUAAGUCGUUGGAGAACAUAACGAAGCAUAAUUCUGUUUGGAUGGGAGCAGAUGCUGACUGGUCCUCUCUUAUGCUGCAUUUAGACACGGAUCCCAUAAUUGCUUUGAACCGAGCAAAGAAAUCACUCGAUCACUGGCGGUCCACUUUAAAUGAUCAAUGGAACGUUCAUGGGCUCAUUUCCAGUAAUGGUUACGGACUGGACGGGCUCCCGUGGGCCACUUCUCAUUACUCCUUCCAUCUGGUACUAUGGCACAUCCCGCUCGCCCUGUCAGGACAACAGUACUUCGCUCCCAAUGCAACUCUGACUUUCUGGCCCAAGUUCCCAAUACCAUUUAAUUUGCCAUUUUUUACGCCCAAAGCGUUGGGGACCAUUGAGGGAGCAUACGUGAAGGGAAACGACAGGGAAGAAGAUGAUAAUGAAGAAGAAGAAAUGUUUACAUUCACUGUCAAAUCAGGUUCGCUUAGCCUCAAAGAGUUAGCCAUUCUAGGAAGCAGGUAUGGCGAAGGUGAAAUAUCAAUCAAGCAAGGAGAGGCCAUCACGUGGUCUCGCCCAAAACAGGACGUGAAAAACAUUUUACAACAACUGUAAACUGAGACAUCGCCUCAGAACAGGAGCUUAAUCACGCAAGCCCUACUGGGAUCAAUUUGAGAAACGCCGAAACAGAAUCAGAAAAAAGACGAAAUUACCAUUAUGCUUUUCACGACGAACACUUUUACUUAGUUCUGUGAACAGAGCAAUUUACUUGUUUUGGCAUUUUGUUUAGAGAGUAAUCCAAUUCACUAACUGACGCCAUUCAAUUAUCCGCUGAAAUAAUUUUAGCGCGCUAAGAGCUGUUUCCAAUCUCUUUGCUUUUUUGAGUAGAGUAUUUAUAAUUUAGUCUAUCGAGUAGAGUAUUCAUAACACGAACAAACAUAUACCGCCAUUUAGUAGGAUUGAGGUCAAUUUUGUUUCUGUUUUGUAUGCAGGCAGUGUAUAAGUGUAUAACUUGCUUAACUUUGAAUACAGUUCAAUUAAAUUUUAUUGCAAUUUUGGUAUCGUAAGAAAUGUAAUUAAAUUUAAAAAGAAAUUUUGCUAAGUGUAGAUAAAUGGAGGUUAUCUACCAGAUGGUGUUUAAAUUGCAGUACCUUUUUUAAGCAGCUCGGGCUCUACGAUCCAGCAGCCAGGGACCUUUUAGUUUUCAGGUCUAUUCUUAGUUGUUACGUUGUUACUUAUUGUUUAUCAGAGAUCUCCGUGCCGCAUAAACAAAGUUCUGCAAUAAACGUGUAUAUUUGACAUCCCACUCAUUAGGCAGUUCAAUCGACUUAAAAAUCUAAUUCUCACUGACGGUAUCCGAAAACAAACGUUCUUUUUAGAAAAGAGCUGAAGGAUAUUCAGAUUGUUUUGCACCAACAACCCUACAGAGGUUGUUUAGUUGAAAGGCUCUUUGAAAAAAAGAAAUAUUAUCCAAAACGUACAGCAAAUAUGAAUAAUAAAAAUAUGAAAAAAGUUAAUUGCAAUCAUACUUUGUUCGUACCUCGCAUAACCAAUCAUCUGCAUUGUCAACAAAAGAAAUACGUUGGUUGACGUACAUGUAAAUAAUAACCACUUAAGAUAGAGUAUAACCACGGUUGCGCAAUUUUUCCAAAACUGGCAAAUGACGCCUUGGGGUCAGUGAGGCCUACGCAACUUCUUCAAAUUGCUUGUUAACUAAUAUUAAAUGUCGACAAUCUACUUAACAUGUUACUCACGAAAUAAUCUCGCUUGAAUUUUACUUUGCAAUUGUGAUGGAAAGUUCAUUUUAUGAUGGCGGCUUUGAUUUAAUCGCAUGCAUAUGCAUGUUUGGCGUGCGUCUAUGGAGUUACGAUGAAGUGCACGCGAGAAGCGCAAGAGUUGUCAGAGGCGUAGCAGAGAGCAACUCUAGCUCUUCGCGUGCUAUUCUGCGCUAUUUGGACUCGCACAACUUAGAGCAUGAACCAGUUCUGUUUUAACAAAGGGAAAGCGAUCGCAAACCAGAAACAGCUUUUGUUUACGGUGGUGAAAUUAUACUCACUUUUAUGGGCAGUACAGAUAAACCGUCUCUCUCCGCCCCGUUGUUUGUGUUUGUUAAUACUUAGAGUGGUGCUAGAAAAUCUCCAACGAAAGAUCUUCACCGUCAGUCACCACUUUUGUAAUAAACAAGUAUUUUUCCCCGCCUCGAGUUGGAGAAACGAACUCUGAUUAGAGUGGUGAUUUACAGCAUUCAUUUUUUAGUGCACGCUGGGGGUGUGCGUCUGUUGAACUAUGAUGCACGCUCGUGCUGUUGAUUUAAACCGUGCAGAUACACUUGCUAUGUUCUAAAGAUCUCUAUUCCUGGCAUUUACGGCAUUUUAAUGGUAUUAUCGUUUCUUGCGUUAUUUUUAUUUUAAUUCACCAGUUUCACCUCAUUCACUCAAUUGAAUACAAUCUUUUGUGUAACGUGACA